GACGUCAACAUGACAGGCGGCUUUUUUGGCACGGCUUUGCAGGCAGCAACGUACGAAGGCAAGACAGAAGCCGUCGAGCUGCUGCUUAAGAAGGGCGCGAACACCAAUAUUCGGGCCGGAAAAUACAGAAACGCACUCAAUGCGGCUAUAUGCGAAGGAUGUUGGGACCUCGUCGAGAUACUGCUGGGCGCCGGGGCC